AGUUUAAGUUUAUCAUCCGGUAAAAUGGAUUUAUUUUACAAUCAAUAUUUUAAUAUCAACAAGCACGUUUCGAUGAUCUGCGGCCUGUGGCCUUUUCAAUCACAGUUUGGGAGAAGGAUAAGCUACAUGAUUUUUGCGAUGUCGACGUUUUCUAUGAUAUUUUCUUUAGUAAGUAUAGGUAUUUUGAAUUUUCAACUAACAUUCUAUUCACAGCAACUAAAAUGUUCAUAUUUUAUUCUCAAAAAGACAGCUGGCAUUAUAUCGCAGCUAAAUCCUGAUCUUUUAAACAUCUUAGAGACUUGCGUUGCGCUGUUUUUUUGCGUCUGUGGUUUCCUCGUGUGCACGAUUCUUUAUAAUCAAAAAAAUCAGAUAAAACGAUUAUACGAAAGAAUCGCUGCUGAUUGGGAAAAUUUGACCGACGAUUUGGAACGUGACGUAUUGCGUACUUUUCUAUUGGAAGGACGAAAAUUGAUCUUUAUUACUCUGGUCUAUUCUUUUCCCGCUUUCUCGUUAUUUGCUUGCAUAACAUUUCUUCCACGAAUGUUCAGCGAAGAAUCCACAAAACUGUGUCUGCAUAGCUUUCCUUAUUACUUGGAAUCCAUGGUAAUCGAUAAAAACUUGUGCAAUUUGCAAGUCUCCUUGCAUUAUAGCGUUGCUUUAGGAUACGUGGGCUUGUCAUUUUUGUCGGUCGGUGCUACGUAUAUAUGCAGCGUCAAACAUGUUUGCGCUUUGUAUGAAAUCGCACGGCUACGAUUAGAGAAUGCAACAGUACGUUAUGGAAACUAUGAUCCGUUGGGAGAGCUAACAGAUGAGACGUCGAUCAUUCAUAAUUUGAUUGAAGCUAUUGAUAUGCAUAAAAAUGCCCUAAGGGGUAUACAGAUAAUAGAGCAAGUUUUCAGUACUGGAUUCUUCAUUAUUCAAAUAUUUGGUUUAAGUCUUCUUGCCAUUCUCAUAUGCGAAUUAAAAUAUCACGAAGGAGAGAUCACCGAAAUGAUACGAUUUAUGCUCGUACUGUCUGUAUUUGUAAUAUAUUUAUUUUUCAUGAAUUGGUCUGGAGAACAAGUCAUACAAUCGUGCGACGAUAUUCAGAAAACGGCAUACGAUAUCGAUUGGCACAGAAUAUCUUCAAGAACUCGAAUUUUCGUACUCAUGAUCAUGCAGCGUACCCUAAAACCCGUUCACUUGACAGCCGGAAACAUGAUGAUUUUAUCGAUACAAAAUUUUGGCACGAUUUUAAAGAGCGCAUGGUCAUUUGGAACGAUACUGCUGACUACGCAAAAAUCUGUGUAAAGCAAGGAUGAUCAUCUCUUUGGAUAAUAAUUACAUUUGAAUGUUAAAAGUCGUUAUAAUUUUGGCAAAUAUUUUUCAAAUGUUAACUUAUCUAAAUAAAACAUAGUAUAACUGUUAAGUAGAACGAUUAAAAUUAUGACUGUUUACCUUCAUGAUAUUAUGAUAUACAUAACUAAAGGUUUGCCUAUAUAAAAUGCCAUAUUUGGUGUGAAAAUCGAAUUGAAAUACUGGUCGCAGUUUAUGUGCAA